AUGUCGCUUGCCCCACCAUUUACCAGGCACUCGGCGAAUGCGAAAGUGAAGAAAGCCCAAGACCUCUGGAAUGGCCAGGACCCCAAGACAAUCGCCCAAGCCUACACUGCAGAUACCAUCUGGCGCAACCGAUUUGCCUUUAUUACAGGCACCGCUGCUAUCGAGGAGUUCCUGAUCCAGAAGUGGGAGAAGGAGAAGAGCUACCAUCUGCGAAAGGAACUCUUCGCCUUUACAGACGACAGGGUUGCCAUUCAGUUCUGGUAUGAGUACCAAGAUGCGUACGAUGGUAUGGAGUGGAAGCGAUGCUAUGGUCUGGAGGACUGGACCUUUGCGAAAGACGGCCGAAUGCGCAAGCGUCAGAUGAGCGGAAAUGACAUCGAUAUCAGUGAGACGGGGAAGUAGCCUCUCCGGUCAAACUCACUUCCGCAGCCAUGUGCUGACUCACGUUUAGAACGGUGGUUUAAAGACGGUGUGGACGUCAACGAAGUCGAAAUCAGCGAGGCUCACUGGUAG